AUGGCCAACAACCGAGUUACCUACCGUCGCCGCAACCCCUACAACACCACUUCCAACAAGACCCGCGUCAUCAAGACGCCCGGUGGUGAACUACGAGCCCUUCACAUCAAGAAGCGAGGAACUGCCCCGAAAUGUGGUGACUGCGGAAUCAAGCUCCCUGGCGUUCCUGCCCUCCGACCCCGCGAAUAUGCUCAGAUCUCCCACCCCAAGAAGACCGUCCAACGAGCGUACGGUGGUUCAAGAUGCGGCAACUGCGUACGGGACAGAAUCGUGCGAGCUUUCUUAAUCGAGGAGCAGAAGAUCGUCAAGAAGGUUCUGAAGGAGCAGAACGAGGGUUCUAAGAAGAAAUAA